AUGUGUAACUAUUUCGGGCUGGGCGUGGACGCUGCCGUAGCACUGGACUUCCAUCAGAAGAGGGAACGCUUGCCGCACCUCUUUUUUUCCCGGGUUGUGACAAAGUUGUGGUAUAUGACCAGUGGUGCCACCACUCUGAUGGAGAAUCGUUGCAAAGAUAUUGGUUCCAAGGUGAAGCUAGAGUGUGACGGGGAGGAGGUACAGAUCCCUGAGGAACUAGAGGGUGUCAUCGUGCUGAACAUCUCCAGCUUUUCCGGCGGCACGAACCUCUGGGGCCAGGACGAGCUCGAUUCGGACGAGUCGGAGGAGGACGACUCAGAGGAGGAGGAGGAGACGGACAAGGGUGACGCGUCCCCAGUCAAGGUUGUUCCAAAGCCUGCCAGCACGGCCCCAGACAAUCGAAUCAUAAUAAACAGCAUAAGCAGAAAUGUUCGGAGCUCGGCGCAGAUCUCUUGGAUCGGUGCUGGGCCCCCCUGGCGGCGCCUCCAGCGCCGCCCCUGGCUCGUUCCGCGCGCCGGGGAGAGGGACCCGGCGCCGAUCUAA